AUGAAAAUAACAAUGAGAGAGAGAGAGAAACAAUCAGCACUGCUCCCUCUUCACAGGAGAAGAAUCUGCUUGUUAAUCAUCUCUGCUCCUGUUCUCUCCAAGUCUCGUCACCCAAUAUCUGACACGGAAAUCAGGCAAAAGAAGAACGAGUGCUAUGCUGAUAUAGAGAGUGGACUAUGGGGCCAGCAAUGCAAAUCCUCGAUGACGGCCAAGGAGAAUUGUGCUUUGCGCUGCCUUUCUCCGACUUGUUAUGAGCUUAUUUACGAGAGCGAUCCGCUCGAAGAAGGUGAGAAAGAUCUCGUUCGAAGCCAAGAGUACAAGUACUGUAUGUAUAAGGCAUCUCUUGGAGAAUCCCUUGAAGGUAUUAAGGGAGCCUUUGAAUAUUAAAUUAAAUUAAACCACAGAAUUUUAGUUAGAAUUUAGGUUCAUUUCGUUGUAAAAUAUGUUAAAGAUGAAAAUUCUCGUAAUUUCCAGUGUGGAAAAUAAUAUUGCUGUGGCUGUGAACUCCACCUUUGCCUUUGUCUUGCACUGGUGUGUAGUGUGUUGACAAAAUUUCUCUAGCUGGCUUAGAGAUUCAAAUUGGUUCCAGACAAAUGUACUCCGAUGAAUGGAAGGGGUUGUUUUUUUUUUUU